AUGUCCGAGCUACGCUUCGAUAAUCAGACCGUCGUCGUCACCGGCGCCGGCGGUGGUCUGGGGAAGGCAUAUGCCCUCUUCUUCGCCUCGAGGGGCGCCAACGUCGUCGUCAACGACCUCGGCGGUUCGCACAAGGGUGACGGCAAGUCAUCAAAGGCUGCCGAUGUCGUCGUCGAGGAGAUCCGCGCCGCCGGCGGUAAGGCGGUUGCCAACUAUGACAGCGUCGAGAAUGGCGAGGGAAUCAUUGAUACCGCUAUUAAGAACUUCGGUCGUGUCGAUAUCCUGCUUAACAACGCCGGUAUUCUCCGGGAUAUCAGCUUUAAGAACAUGAAGGAUGAGGACUGGGACCUCAUCAACCGCGUUCAUACCUAUGGUGCCUACAAGUGCGCCCGCGCCGCCUGGCCUCACUUCCGUAAGCAAAAGUUUGGUCGCGUUAUCAACACCGCCUCCGCCGCCGGUCUCUUCGGCAGCUUCGGCCAGGCCAACUACUCGGCCGCCAAGCUGGGUCAGGUCGGUUUCACCGAGACCCUGGCCAAGGAGGGUGCCAAGUAUAACAUUAUUGCCAACGUCAUUGCCCCUAUUGCUGCUAGCCGCAUGACCGCGACUGUGAUGCCCCCGGAUGUUCUGGAAAACCUCAAGCCCGACUGGGUCGUUCCCCUUGUUGCUCGUCUUGUCCACUCCUCCAACACUACUGAGACCGGUGGUAUCUAUGAGGUCGGCGGUGGCCACGUUGCCAAGCUGCGCUGGGAGCGUUCCAAGGGUGCUCUCCUCAAGACCGAUGACUCUCUCACCCCCGGCGCUCUUGCCGCCAAGUGGAACGAUGUCAACGACUUCUCCAAGCCCGAAUAUCCUACUGGACCUGCUGACUUCAUGAGUUAUCUGGAGGAUGGUCUGAAGAUGCCCAGUGCCCCCAAGGCCCAGGAGCCCGAUUUCAAGGGCCGUGUUGCCCUGGUCACUGGUGGUGGUGCCGGUCUCGGCCGCGCAUACUGUUUGCUGUUCGCCAAGUACGGUGCUUCCGUUGUUGUUAACGAUCUGGUCGACCCCGAACCUGUUGUUCAGGAGAUCAAGAAGGCCGGUGGUCAGGCCGUUGGCAACAAGGCCAACUGCGAGGAUGGUGACGCCGUCAUCAAGUCUGCUAUUGAUGCAUUUGGCCGCAUCGACAUCCUGGUCAACAACGCCGGUAUCCUGCGUGACAAGGCCUUCACCAACAUGGACGACAACCUGUGGAACUCUGUUGUCAACGUUCACCUGCGCGGUACCUACAAGGUGACCAAGGCCGCCUGGCCCUACUUCCUCAAGCAGAAGUAUGGCCGUGUUGUCAACACUGCCUCUACUAGCGGUAUCUACGGUAACUUCGGCCAGGCCAACUACGCCGCCGCCAAGCUGGGUAUUCUCGGUUUCUCCCGCACUCUCGCCAUGGAGGGCGCCAAGUACAACAUCAAGGUCAACACUAUUGCCCCUAACGCUGGCACCAACAUGACUCGCACCAUCAUGCCUGAGGAGAUGGUCCAGGCCUUCAAGCCCGACUACGUUGCUCCUCUCGUUGUUCUCCUGUGCUCCGACGCUGCUCCCGAGCCUUCUACUAAGGGUCUCUUCGAGUGCGGCAGUGGCUGGUUCGGCCGCACCCGCUGGCAGCGCUCUGGCGGUCACGGUUUCCCCGUGGACGUCAAGCUGACUCCCGAGGAGGUGCUCGCCAAGUGGCCGCAGAUCACCAACUUCGAGGACGGCCGUGCCGACCACCCCGAGGACGCCUCUGCUGGUGCCGAGAAGAUCAUGGCAAACAUGUCCAACCGCGCCGGUGGCAGCGGCGAGAACGAGGUCCUCGCCAACAUCGAGAAGGCCAAGGCUCUCACCACUGAGGGCACUGCCUUCGACUACACCGACCGCGAUGUUAUCCUGUACAACCUGAGCCUGGGUGCUAAGCGCACCGAUCUGCCUCUGGUGUACGAGAACAACGAGUACUUCCAGGCCCUGCCCUCGUACGGUGUGAUCCCCUGGUUCAACACCCAGACCCCCUGGAACAUGGACGACAUUGUCAAGAACUUCUCUCCCAUGAUGCUCCUGCACGGUGAGCAGUACAUGGAGGUCCGCAAGUUCCCCAUCCCUACCACUGCCAACACCCUGACCUACCCCAAGCUCAUCGACGUUGUCGACAAGGGCAACGCUGCUCUGGUUGUGGCUGGUUACACCACCAAGGACGCGAAGACCGGCGAGGACCUGUUCUACAACGAGUCCACCGUCUUCAUCCGCGGCAGCGGUGGCUUCGGUGGCUCUCCCAAGCCCACUGCUGCCCGCCCCAAGGGUGCUGUCGCAGCCUACAAGCCUCCUCAGCGCCAGCCCGAUGCCGUGGUCGAGGAAAAGACUUCCGAGGACCAGGCUGCUCUGUACCGCCUGAACGGUGACCGCAACCCGCUGCACAUCGACCCUGAGUUCAGCAAGGUCGGUGGCUUCAAGAUCCCCAUUCUGCACGGUCUGUGCUCGCUCGGUGUUGCUGCCAAGCAGGUCUUCACCAAGUACGGUGCCUAUAAGAACCUGAAGGUCCGCUUCGCCGGUGUCGUGCUGCCUGGCCAGACCCUCAAGACUGAGAUGUGGAAGGAGGGCAACACUGUUCUCUUCCAGGCCACCGUGGUCGAGACCGGCAAGCCCGCCAUCACUGGUGCUGGUGCCGAGCUGCUCGAGGGCGCCAAGGCCAAGCUGUAA